CCGCCUCCUCGUUUACAUCACAGGAAACACGCCUUACAAGUGCGUAAGCAGCCUGUUUCCACUCCCUCAAUUUCAAACUGAAAACUGCGCGCCAAGAUAUUGCACAAGAACAGAGUUUGGAAGAAGGUUAACCGGAGUAUCAAUAUAAAAGAGGAUUCUAACGAUCGUCAUUCCACUCCCUUCUCUCUCGGAGUACCUCACUCCAGAACCUGCUGUCUGCUGUCCGGAGUUCAGAAGCAGUCAUGGCGGAAGUAUUUGAAGUGAAGAACAUCGAUCUGAAAUGUGGUACGAAAGACGCUGUAUAAAUAAAUACCUUGAAAUUCAAAAUGGAAUAUCUGAAGACAUUCAUCACAGGUUCUGCAUUGACUUGGGGAAGGACUCAAAUGAACUGGCGCUGCACUUUAACCCCCGUUUCCAUGACGACGCAGCAGGCACUGUCAUUGUGUGCAACUCCAAGCGUGGAGGUUGCUGGGGGUCCGAGCAGAGAGACCACAAUUUCCCCUUCGAGAAGGGAGCCACUAUCAAGUUGACAGUGAAGGUCUUGGGCGACUGCUUCGAGAUUGAACUGCCCAACGAACAUAUUGUCGCCUUCCCAAACCACCUGAGUCUGGACAAAAUCACCUACAUCAGAGUCAAGGGCGAUCUCAAAGUGACCUCCUUCAAAUUUGAAUGAACACCUACAUCUACCUGCUGAAGAAAACUUCACGCAAACCUGUCUCCCCUGAGUGUGGCUUUCUAUUAAAUCUUAACGGUCUAAUGUGUAUCCCAGUUGUCUUUAUUUACCAAGUCAUCUUCAAUUGCACUGCAGUGAGUCAGUGGCACUACAAUGGCAGUCCAAUGUUUCUGUACUGAUUGGGUUUUUACACUGUGAUGAGGGCACCAUUGGCAGAACAGAACCACAGUAUGCUACUGUGCCUUUCCAAAAUACUUCCAUAGCACAAACACAGUGGCACAACAAUGGCAAUGCAAUAAUGGGUCUGUAUUAUACUAAGGGUCAAUGGUAGUAUACAGUGCCGUGAAAAAGUAUUUGCCCCCUGUCUGAUUUUCUGCAUUUUGCACAUUUUUCACAUUGUAUUUGGUCAGAUUUUUUGUGGUUUAUAGUAGUUGUGGCAAUGUGCUCCGCCCCUGUGUGCAUUUAUGUGUUAUAUGGUGCGUGUGUUAAUGUUGGUGUAUAGAGAUUGGUACACGGGAUAUAAACGGGUCUGUGUUUCACGUGGUAUUUAAAUUGUAUAAUUAUAUUUAGGCACGGGACUGCACAUCACUGCACGUGCAUUUAAAGUAAGUAAUAUGCGCGCACGAGGUUGCACAUAAUUAAUUCACGUGCUGGGAUUCAAGUGAAUAAUUAAUUAGUAAUUGAAUCCCAGCACAACAGUAUAAAUAGAUGCACGUUUCAUUCACUCGGGGUUGGGUGUUCGUGAGUGGAGAACGGGAGAGAGAAAGGAGAAAGCAUUAAAAAGAAAGUAAGAAUAACAAUUGCUACAGCGUGCUGGAAGUGCCAGCACGGUACUUGUUUAAACGUUCGUCCGCUUGUUUUGUGUGUUAGUUCAUUUUGUUUACCUGUUUAUUUUGGCUCCAGUGCCGUGUCCUGUUUUGUGUUUAAAACCCUUUUAUUUUGUUUAAUAAACGCUGAGUGCCACCAUUGCACUCAGCAUUACUCAUCA